ACCUGCUGCGUGCUUCUGCACAAUGCCCCUGUGGACACGGGCUCAUGGUGCUGAUGCACGUGCCCUGUGCGCCGCUGGCCACCAUGGCCUAGGAGUCCCUGGCCCAUGUGUGUGCGUGCCUGGCACUGCAGGAGUACUUCCGGAUCAUCCAGGGCACCCCCAGCAUGGGCAUCAUGGUGAGCAAGCACUUUGUAAAGCAGCUAAUGGUGGGCGCCACGGAUGCCUGCUGGUCUCCUGGGACCCCACCACCCCUCCAUCCCAGGGCCACUUCUCCACUGUGCAGCUCUCCAUGCUGCUUCCCUGGACCCGGGGCCACCUUUUUCACACCCCUAGGGUUGUCCCAGCUUUUCCUGCAUCCUGGGGUGCAUUUCUCCUUCUGCUGCGGGACCCAGCUCAAUGUCAUUUCCCCUUUCACAAGGACACCCUCCCCCACUGCUGGGGCUGGGCCCAGGUCCCUGCAGUCCCCACCCCUCCUCCAGGCACUGGGGACAAAGACUAGCCCUCAUGGCUUGCCUGGAAGCCUAGCACAAUUCCUUACCCAUCAGAGUUGUCACUAGGCCUGGAGAGAAUGUAGAGGUUAGGGAGCAGGUGUUGAAUGAACAAGUGAGUAGCACAUGACAGAACAGUGAGCCAUAGGACAGAACCCACAGGUCCUCCCUCCCAGAGAACUGUGAAUGGACACUCUCAGACUGCCCAGUUAGCAUGUUCAAGAAUAGGGCAUGACUGGGCGUCUAACCUAGUGGUUGGUGCUUGUAUCCCACAUUGGAGUACCUGGCCGUGGUGAGAGCUCAACUGACUGGGUUUCUGCCACCCACAUGGGAGACCUCAAUUGAGCUUCUGCCUGGCCCAGCCCAGCCCCCACCAUUGUAGGUGUUUGGUGAGGGAACUGGUGGGUGGGGGAGCACACUCUUUAUCUUCCCCCAUCCUAACCCCCUCUUCUGCCUCCCUGCCUCUAAAAUUAAUGAAUAAAGUACAGAAAGGGAUAGGACGCUCACACCUAAUGGGAAACAAAGUGGACGGCGUGCUUGUCUGCAGUGCAGAGUGCUGCAUGGUGAGGGCUUUAAAUCAUUCAGAGAACAUGCGGGUCCUGGGCAGCUGGGCCCGGGGGGAGGAAGGAGCCUCUGGACCUCAUCUCUUUCUAACUAUCUGCAGAUGUGGCAGAACAUCGAGGAUGCAGCAUGGAGAGCCCAGACCUACCUGGAAUUGGAGGGCCUGCCUUGCAUCCUCUUCCUCAGUGGGGUGGACCAGCUCAGGGAGUCCUUGUGUUACCACGGCCUGGCUCCAGGUGGCGCCCUUCACUGUCAGCUAUGGUCAUGAUCAACUCCUCAUGCUUGGCAAGAAUGGCUUUGGAGCAGGAGCUGGGCCUGGCCGCCCACUUUGUGAGCAGCGAGCUGCCCUCGGACAAGGGGCCCAGGAGUGAGGACUUGGAGAGUGACACGGAGAAGCUGAGCAGCACAGACAACAAGGAGGAGGAGCCAGGGACUGAAGAUGGACUCAAGAUCCAGUGAAAACUGUAUGUGUUCUGGAAUCCCUCAGUUGUUGAGGAAAAGCUGAAGGGAUGAGAGAGUGGGACCUUCCUGCCUGUCCUCUUCUGGUGAUUCAAUCUGAUUCCAGCUUCCUGGUGGAUAACAAGAUCUCAGGUGUGGUGAAAGGAACAGAUAGGCCAGCACAGAGCUAUGGGCAUCUAAGGCAGGCCCUGGAAGUAGCUGUGUCAUUUAGAGAUCGUGUGGGUCUAUGUGCAUCAGUUUUGUGAAGUUUUCAUGAGUGAUCAUGUAUGCUUUUAAAAGUGUGCAUGAGUGUGUGUAUGUGUGUGUGUGUGUGUGUUUUCCCCAGGAAAUGCAUUCCUAUGCACAGCUCAAGAUUAACUUCUCAAAAUAGAGAAGAAUUUGAUCAUUUUAUGUAAUUAACUUUAUGUAAUGGACUCAUUCAACCCUAUCCCCGCCUAAUGUCUGACAGAUAAGUUACAUUUCCACAGCUCAGACAGACAUGAUACAUGCACAAAUUGCCCAAGACCUUGAUGGCCCAAGUGAGAGAGGCAAAUAAGUGCCCCUGUUGAUCCUUCUGACUCCAGUGAACUUUGAACCAUGACAUAACUAGCACCACCAUGCAAGGGAGUCCCAGCACUUACGUGCCAAGAAUUAUUAGAUCCACAGAGAUCCUAA